ACUUUCACUGUGCUUGGCUAAGUGUCAAUUUCAAAAUCUAAGUGACCUGUCAGAAAUACAAAUACCAGGUUCAGUGCAGUUGUGCCAUGAAUGAGUAAACUUGUCGUGAGUCCCAAGGUAUAAUUGCAGAAAAGUUUGAUCUGUGGAAUGGGUCCCAAAUGUACACCCCUGGUGAUUACACUUCUUGUGCUGUUUGUGCUCAUGACAGCAGUGGCUGUAGCCUUCAUUGCUCUUUUCUUUGUCAAAGAUGGAGAAACGUCAUAUGUGGCUUCAAAACCAACUGAAGUACCAAGAAGCUAUUAUCAGAUUGGUGCUGGCCGUGCUGAUUGCACUGGUCCAAUAGCAGAUUUGCCUUUGAUGGGAUAUGCCAAUCCAGAGCAGACCGCUGCAGGACUCCAUAACCGUCUGUACAGUCGAGCUUUUAUUGUAGCAGACCCUAGCAAUUCAAAGAGAGUUGUGUUCGUCAGUGCUGACAUUGGAAUGGUAUCUCAGAAACUCAGAUUAGAGGUUCUAAAAAGAUUGAAGGGCAAAUACAGGGAUCUCUACAGACAAGACAAUGUUGUCUUGAGUGGUACUCACACCCACUCUGGCCCUGCAGGCUACUUUCAGUACACACUCUGCCUGAUCACAAGUAAAGGCUACAUCAAGCCAUCCAUCAAUGCCUUAAUCAAUGGCAUAAUAAAGAGCAUUGAUAUCGCACACAAGAACAUGAAAGCAGGAAGAAUAUUUAUAAAUAAGGGAAAAGUGGAAGGCAGCAACAUAAACAGGAGCCCCUAUUCUUACUUGCAGAAUCCAGAAGGAGAACGAGCCAGAUACAAAUCAAAUACUGACAAAGAACUGGUUCUACUCAAGAUGGUGGAUCUAGACGGACAUGGUAUUGGAACACUCAGUUGGUUUGCUGUCCACCCUGUCAGCAUGAACAGUAGCAAUCACCUGGUUAGCAGUGACAACAUGGGAUAUGCAUCUUACCUGUUUGAACAGGAGAAGAAUGCGGGAUAUUUGCCCGGGGAGGGACCUUUCGUUUCAGCCUUCGCUUCCUCCAAUCUGGGGGAUGUGUCUUCGAAUACGCAAGGCCCUCACUGUGUGAACACCGGUGAAACAUGUAACAAUCCAGACAGCACCUGCCCUGUUGGAGGACCUUCGAUGUGCAUGUCUGCAGGUCCUGGAAGGGACAUGUUUGAGAGCACUGCAAUUAUUGGUCGCCAUAUCUACAAUAAAGCAAAGGAGUUGUCCAGAACAGCCACUAGAGAAAUUAAAGGUCCUAUCAACUUUGCACAUCAAUGGGUCAACAUGACUGAUGUCACGGUCCAAUUCAAUUCAACACAUAAUACAAGCCACACGUGUAAGCCUGCCCUUGGGUACAGCUUUGCUGCUGGUACCACUGAUGGAGUUGGAGCCUUGAACUUUACACAGGGAACUGUCGAAGGAGAUCCAUUUUGGGAUGCCAUCCGUGACAUGCUCCUGGGAAAACCCUCCAAUGAAACUCAGGAUUGCCACUACCCCAAACCAAUCCUUUUCAGUACAGGAGAAAUGAUGAAACCUCUGCCUUGGCACCCGGAAAUUGUGGACGUACAAAUUCUUACCCUUGGGACAUUUGUGAUUACAGCUGUUCCCGGGGAGUUCACCACUAUGUCAGGAAGAAGACUACGUGAAGCUGUGAAGCAUGAAAUUGAAUCCACUGGGUCUUUGAAGGAUGUUGAUGUUGUUGUUUCAGGUCUAUGUAAUGUUUAUACACAUUAUAUCACUACAUAUGAAGAAUACCAGGUUCAACGUUAUGAGGCUGCAUCAACAAUAUAUGGUCCUCACACACUCUCAGCCUACAUCCAACUGUUUAAAGGUUUGGCUAAGGCCAUAGCAGAGGAUUCUGUUGAUCAGUUGCCUAAGGGUCCCGAACCACCCAAUUUUUCUGACAAAAAGCUGAUUCAAUUACUGAUCCCUAAUCCAGUUGAUAAAACACUGCUCAAUACAUCAUUUGGGGAUGUCAUGAUUGAUGUACAAAGAUCAUACAGAUUGGGAGAUGUUGCAGAAGUGACGUUUGCGAGUGGGAAUCCCAGGAACUCAGUUGCUUCUAUGGCUGGUGGGACGUUUCUGACAGUAGAAAAGUAUGAGAAAGUCACUGGCAAUUGGAUUGUCAUGUACAAUGAUGCUUCCUGGGACACCAGAUUGUACUGGAACAAAGCACCUAAAGGUUAUAGCAAUGUUACAGUGGCCUGGCACAUCCCAUACACUGCGGAGCUUGGAACAUACAAAAUACGCCAUUUUGGACAUUUUAAGACACUAAAGUUUCUGAAACCAGUCUUCACUCCUUAUGAGGGCUCCUCAUCCCCUUUUGAAGUGAGAAAAUGAAAUUCAUAGACAAUAACAUCAUUUCAAUAGAUAAUUCACAUUUUGCAAUUUAAAUUUUAUUUGAUUUGUUUAAAAAUUCUGUUUACCAUAGUGCAGGGCAUUGAAUUUAAAAGAUAAAGCUAUGCAUUAUACUCACAGCCUGGUUGAGUGAUUCGCUAUUGAUUGUCAUAAAGCAUAUUUCUGGGACAGAAAUAUGAUGGGAAUUUUCAAACCAUGCAAAAACAUCUAUAAAUUGUUGUAACAUCUGGAAGACUGCUUAACUUCCCACGCUGUGUGUAGUUAAUAAAUAGCCAGUAAAAUAAAUGAAAUAGUAAUAUUAACAAAGCUGAUUGUUUUCCAUAACAAAUGGCCUUGGUUUAAAUUGGAAACAUUUUUCAAUAUAUCUUGUACAUUGAGAUGAAAAGGAGAACCAGGCAGAUUUAAAAUGGCUGAAAUUGUAUGCACCAUAAUAAGUGAUAACUGGAUAAUUUGUUUAAUCCCUAAAUAAUUGGUUUUCCUGAAGCAGGACUGUCAAUUAAUAAAAAAAUAGAUUCAAUUAGUUGUAUUUGAUUUGGCUUUUCUAAUUGAAACCACACAAUCAUUAAACAUUUACACAGUUACACUCCCGUUUAAUUAAAAAAAAACAGUAUUAACAAAGCAAGCGUGGCUUUUUUUUAAAAACCUUGAAUUAGCAUGCUAAUAUUCAGUAGUAAUUAUCUUCCUUCACUUACUAUAGUAAGCUGCUGUUAUGGUUAAGAUUGCAGACAUUAGCCUUCAGUAAAAAUCUUUAUGACUUCAAAUUUAUAGAUUAAAGGACAUUUAUAAUUAUUAACAUUAAAAGGUGGGGACUUCUCAAGAGUUUAAACAAAAUUAUUAAAUGUAAAUUUAGAAAAUUUGCAUGAUCUU